AUGAAGUCACCGACUUAUAUGCACGAUUGCGACUCUAAUGGAUUUGCCAUUCAAAAAUAUCAAAAGUAUUAUAGAGAUCUUGCAGACGGAAAGAUGGGGCUUAUCACGCUUGGAUUUUUUGCAACACAUUUGAAAACAAAAGUUCUCCCUGGUCAAGCAUGCUUGCAUACUGAUGCCCAUGCAGAAGGAUGGCGUGAAACUAUUAACUAUAUCCAUUCGAAAGGUUCAAAGACAUUAAUGGAACUUUCAGAUUGUCGCAGCUCAAUAAAGGAUGGCAAAUUCAUGCCAACUUCUGAAAUUUCUGAAGCAAUUGAGCUUUUUGUCAAUGCUGCAAAGAGAGCACAAAAUGUUGUUGCUGAUGGUGUUGAAAUUCAUGCAGCCCAUGGAUUAUUCAUCUCUCAAUUUCUUUCAUUAGUUAUAAAUAACAGAGGUGAUCAAUAUGGCGGAAGCUUUAAAAACAGAAUUCGCAUUCUUCAAGAAAUUGUUGAUUCAAUUCGCUGUGAAUGUGGCAAAGAUUUCUUUGUCGCCGCCAAAUUGAAUGCUUAUGACUGCAUUGAAGGAGGAAAUAAGCCCGAAGAUGCUGCAAAGAUAAGUGGCACAGUUAAAGAUAUUGAUCUUUGGGAAUAUUCUUUCGGUUACAAGGGUGCAAAGGAAAUAAUUGAUCCAUCAAAGUUGAUUCCUCUUAAAGCAGGAUGGAACAUCAAAGCCUUACCAAUAUUAAGAAAAGGAACUGAUGCCAAGAUUUCAAUUGUUGACCGAAUUAGAACAAAGUCUAGUAUGGUCAAGGCAAUGGAACUCGGUUCAGAUCUCAUUUCAUUUGGCCGCCCAACAAUUGUCGACCCAUUUAUGGUUCAACACUUAAUGGAAGGGAAGCCAAUAAAGUGCAUUUCAUGUAAUAAAUGCAUGGAACAUCUCCUCAUCAUCCCAACUAAAAAAUAA